AUGACUGGCGAAGGAAUCACCUACAAGGAUGUCAAGCACGCACACAAGCGACUCGACAAGGUCGCCGUCAAGACACCCGUGCUGUCGAUCCAGCUCGACGACACUCAAUACUUUCUCAAGUGCGAGAAUAUCCAGCGAACCGGAGCCUUCAAGUUCCGUGGAGCCUACAAUGCCUUGUCGCAGUUCUCGUCCAAGCAAAAGGCCGGUGGAGUACUAACGUACUCAUCUGGUAACCAUGCUCAGGCCAUUGCCCAUGCUGCUGCCAUGCUCGGAAUCAAGGCCACCAUCAUCAUGCCCACGGAUGCCCCUAAAAGCAAGUUGCAAGGUACCAAGGACCUGGGGGCUACAAUUGUGCCCUACGACAGAUACAAACAGGACCGUGACGAGGUAGCCAAUGCAAUUCUCACGGAACAUCCCGAAAUGACGCUCAUUCCUCCAUAUGAUCAUCCCGACAUCAUCGCAGGACAAGGUACAGUGGUCAAGGAGCUGCUAGAGGAAACAGGACCUCUGGACGAUAUCUUUGUGCCGCUGGGUGGAGGAGGACUGCUGGCAGGCUCCCUUCUGGCAGCAGAAAAACUCGCUCCAAAGUGUAAGGUGUGGGGUGUGGAGCCCGAGACAGGAAACGACGGUAAGCUGUCACUUCAAAGAGGCCAAAUCGUGCAUAUUGACACCCCGGUGACGAUUGCCGACGGUGCUCAGACCCAGCAUCUGGGAGAACUCACCUUCCCCAUCAUUCAGAGACUUGUCACGGAUAUCAAGACGGUCAACGAGGGAGAGAUGAUUGCUAUGACGCAAUGGUACGCCCGAAAGAUGAAGCUGGUGGUGGAGCCAACUGGAUGCAUGGCUUUGGCAGCGGCGUUCUCGUGCUGUGGAGGCACCCACAAGAAGCGAGUGGGAGUCAUCAUCAGUGGAGGAAACGUGGAUCUCGAUAAGUAUGCCACCUAUCUAACCACUCCGGUCGUUCAGCAUUGA